CCUGCCCUGCACACCUGUGUCUCCAGGUGUCCCCAUCUGCAUGAACCCAACCUAUACAGCCAACAUCACCCACAAACACCAGGAUGUGGUUCUGGAUUUCUCUCCUGGUCCUAUCAGAGCAGAGGAUGGAGACAGAGGGAUCGACUCACGUCUUAUCUACUCCAUCCUCUCAGGUGAUGACCAGAACAGGUUUGUUAUUAACAACAGGACAGGUGAGAUCCGGUUAACCAGAGCUGUGGGCGACCGACGGCUGGCAGCAAACUUCACACUCAGUAUCAUGGUAUGCCAGAUAGAUGACAGACUGAAGUACAGUGUGGCAUCAGUUCUGGUCAGAGUUCUGUGUGAGAACAAGUUCUCUCCAGUCUUCAACAGAACCACCUAUAAAGGCUUCAUCAUCCAGAGCUCUAGCCCCGCCUCAAUUGUCUCUACCUAUGGGAACCAGGUGUUACAGGUCCAGGUGUCAGACCACGACUUCUCUGAUGGCGUGAAUCCAAACAUCCGCUACUAUCUCCAUCCUCCAUCCCGACUGUACCAAGUAACACAGGACGGGGUUCUGAUCGCCAGGACGGACCAAUUACGAGCCUUCGACAGGCACAUUCUACAGAUCAUGGCCAGAGAUGAAGAAUCAGGAGAAGAAGUUUCGGCCUCGGUGGAUGUUGAAGUCUUACAGAGAGGACAGACAGGUGAGGAUGGUCACAUGACCACAACAGCCAUCAAAUCCUUGCCUCGUGGUGCGUUCACUGAGCAGCACCUGUUUGGGGACGUGGACAGUCAGCUGGCUAGUGGAAUUGCAGUGAUGAUCCUAUUGAUAUUUCUGUUGGCUGUUCUGUUGGUCCUGCUUCGGGUCGUUCGGAGGAGACGUCUGCAGGAACCCGACCUUGGAAAACAUCCCAAUGUGGUGAACUCCAGUCCACCUGUCUUCAUGGAGGAGUCUUCGUACCACAGCAGAGCUUUCAAACAUCAGUCUUCCUCUGGGUCAGGAAGUUUCCAUGGCAGACAGGGUGUUUACACCAGGAAGCAAUCUCUACCACCGCCAUUAUCGUCAUCAUCAUCAUCAUCAAACAAACCUGCAGACAGUAGACCCAGAACUUUCCUACCUGCUCCAUCAGAUGUCUCCUUCAGUGCCGGAUGCUGUCGUUUCCAGACAGACCUAUUUGUGGUCGUAGAGAAACCUGAAGUUGAAGCCCACACCUGGGAGGCACACAGGCCACCUGAGGUCACAGGAGGUGAUGAAGUCACAGUGCAACCUCAGAGAGGCAACCAAUCAGAGGAAUUCUAAAGUGUCAUCUGUUCAGCCAAUCAAGAAACGAGAACAAAUCAAUCUGACACAUGGCCAGUCACACUGCAGGAUAUCAUAUCACCUCAGUGAUUACGAGUUAGACACCUGAGACAGGUAACUCAGAAUGAUUCUGGUAGUUCAGUGAGCAGCUUUCUUUGAAAAUCAUGUUUACUUUGUUUUUGUUGUUAUUUUAUGCUCAGA